AUGAUUAGUAUAACACUUAAAUCAGAAGAUACCACAAAACACUUUACAAUUGAACAAAUAAAAAAACAUAAUAAAAAAGAUGAUUUUUGGGCAAUAUUUCGUAAUAAAGUUUACGACUUAACUGAUUUUUGGAAAAAACAUCCUGGUGGUGAUAUUAUUUUAGAAGGAGCAGGAAAAGAUAUGACCUAUCUUUUUGAUGAUAUUGGUCACAGCCUUGAUGCAGAGUCAUUAUUAAAGCAAUACUAUAUUGGUGAAUUAGAAAAAUCGAAAUUAUAA